AUGGCCGCUAAUCAGGCAUUUUCAUUUGUACCAAUGACCGCAUCCUCGCUUCUUCAAGAGCCUAUUCAAACAUCCAACCAACUCAUGAAUAACUAUGCCAUGCAGUUCCACUCGUCAAACCCAUCCAGCAUGACUAUUAAUCCACCUUACACCUCCAACACUCCUGCAGCAGCGGCAGCAUUAAGACCGUCUUCACAACGAUCACAUACUGAAGUCAAUACUUCUGGAGUUUUAUCCAUGAUGAAUGCUGAUUCUUCCAGAUCACAGUCCAUGGCUCCGCUUCCUCAAGGAAUGGUUUCGUCCGCUUCACACAUGCAACUUCAACUACCGGAUGAUCAUCAGUUAAAUGACCAGCAGAGUCUAGAGCCUCUACCUCAACGUCCAGAGUCACCAGUUACAACAACUCAGCGUAAUUUGGAAGAGCUAGAGCUUGAGGAUGUCAAUGGUGUUGUUUUGAAAUGUCCCCAGUGUGAUAAAGAGUUUAGCAAGCCAUAUUCUCUCAAAUCACAUAUGGUUGUACAUAGUGGUGUCAAGCCUCAUGCUUGUGACGAGUGUGGACACUCGUUUGCUCGCCGUCAUGAUCUGCUGCGACAUUAUCGAACAUUGCAUAAUAGUAGCCGUCCGUUCAAGUGUCAGCAUUGCUCAAUGAGCUUUGUCAAGGAAGACAUUCUUCAACGACACAUGGAGUCUCGACAUGUUGUAAAACAGUAUGUUGCAUCCUCUCAUGCUCCAUCCACUGAGGCUACUGAUCCUAGCAGCCCUGACAGUAAUAGACCCGAUGGUCAUGCUUUGAUUCAUGCUGGGGGACCGGGCCGACUUGCAUCGGAUGACACUGUUGGUACGAAAAAGCGAAAAACAUCGGUUGCUCGCAGACGGUCACGGAAUAUGCAGGCUCCAUUGGUGCACUCUAUAGACAGUGGAAAUACUUGUGAACAGGUGAUAGAAGCUAUUGAGGUGUCUGCCAGUCCCUCAUCCAGCAACCUUAAUAUAGAAUGUGGUGUUGUGUACAACUCAACACUGCUGCCACAGCUUCCCGCUGGUUCCAUGUUGAAGGCGGAAGGAGGAUACUCUGCUUCGUCUCAGGCAAAUGCUUCUCAGGUUUCUGCUGAGCUACAGUCUCUGCAGGCUCAUCAGCACCGAGUGAUUCAGCAGAUGCAGUAUCAAAAACAACAGCAACAAUUUCAGAUACCAAUGUCUGGAUCGUUACCUCCUUAUCCAGUUGCAUCUCCACAGCAUCAACAGUUUCAGCAGAUGCAACAUAUACAGCAACAGCUUCGGCAGCAACAAAUGCAGCAACACACUUAUCCAAUGCAGUUUCAGCUUACUAAUGGAUUGUCUGCCCACUCACUGGCAGAUGGGCAAGCGCAUCCUCAUCAUAACCUUCCCCUCAACUCUCACCAGCAGGCACAAAACCUUUAUCAGCAACCACGUCCACAUUCACAAUCCAUGCAACUGCCAAUUCAGUCGCAUUCACAACCUUUUGACUUUUCUCCAAAUAGCCUCACACCAAAUACCUUUACUGGUAUGAAUCCUACACCUUCAUCCAUAGCUCCUUUGGCUUCCUCUCAUAUUCAUGCAUCUCGUAUCGAUCCAACACCAUCCCCCGUCUCUCUGGAUAUCACGGGCAUAUACGACGAUUUCUCAAUGUGGCAAUGA